UUAUUGAUUCUAUUUCAGUUGGUUAGUGCAUAUCAAUCUAAAGUUACGUGUACGAUUCGCGAUAGUUUUAGUUAUUGUGUAAUUUAAGAAAAUUUACAUUAAGCAAACAUCAAAAUAAUAAUAAAACAAUCAUGUCGGAAAUACAACAAUUUUACAGUGGUCAAACUAUAUUUAUCACAGGUGGUACGGGAUUUUUGGGGAAAAUUCUAAUUGAAAAACUACUUCGUUCAUGUCCAAAGAUAAAAACUAUUUACAUUUUAAUCAGAGAAAAGAAAGGAAAGCAAAUUCAAGAUCGAAUAAAAGAAAUUACUAGUUCAUUGAUGUUCGAACCUCUGAGAGAAAUAGAUCCAAAUUUUGAGAAAAAAAUUCUACCAAUGCCUGGUGAUGUAAUUAAACCUAAUUUUGGACUAUCGACUGCAGAUUUACAAUUACUUAAGAAAGAGGUUUCGAUUGUAUUUCAUGCAGCAGCGACAACAAGAUUUGACGAACCAUUGAAAAUUGCACUACAAGUAAAUGUUGAUAGUGUAAAAACUAUGCUAGACAUCUGCAAAGAAUGCAAAAAAUUAAAGGCCUUCGUUUACGUUUCGACAGCAUUCAGUAACUCUAUUUAUGAGCACGUUGAAGAAAAAGUAUAUCCUGGACCAUUGUCACAUGAGAAACUAACCGAUCUCGUCGGUGUCAUGGACAAAUUAAAUAUGACCAAGAAAGAAAACAUUAAAUUCACCAAAUUAGUAAUUGGCAAAUUUCCCAACACAUAUUGUUUUACGAAAUCAAUGGCCGAAGAUCUCGUUAGUAAAAGUGCGAAAGAACUUCCAAUUUCUAUUUACAGAUUUUCAAUUGCAAUGGCAGCUUUAAGAGAACCUCUAAUGGGUUGGUUGGAUUCGUCACAAGCACUAACACAAUCAAUUGUAAGAAUAGGUUUAGGCAUUAUUCGAGUGAUAUGUGUAAAAAGAAACGAAAAUAUGGAAACAGUUCCAAUUGACUUAGCCUGUAAUUGUCUAAUUGCUUCUGCAUGGGAAGCUGCAUCUAAGAAAAAUAAUAAACAAGAAUUACAAGUCUAUAACUACGUAUCCGGUACAGAUAAUCCAGUGUCUUGGGGCUAUUUACAGACAUAUCUUCGAAGAGAAAGAUAUAAAUUAGCAAUUAUGAAAACAAUCUAUUAUCCUGACACAAUGAUUAUUGAAUCCUUGCAUUUAUUCUUUUUUCUCCACUACAUAUUACACUUCAUUCCAGCCAUUUUAGGUGAUGCUUCUUUAAGAAUAUUAGGGAAAAAACCAAUGUUUUACAAGAUAUUUAAAAAGGGAACAAAACUGGUAAUGGUGAUAAGAUUCUUUACAAAUGGAAAAUGGCACUUUGACACUGAAAAUGUUAAAUCAUUGUGGAAGAAACUUUCAGAGACUGACAAGAAAUUAUUUAAUUUUGAUAUUACUUCUUUUACUUGGGAUGAAUUACUCACAGCUCAUUGUUACGGAAGUAGAAGGUACCUCCUGAAAACUGAUAUGAGCUCAGAAGAACAUGAACGAGCUGUUCGUAAAGCAAAAAACCUAUUCUACAUUCAUCAAGUGGUACGAGGGACAUUUUACAUUAUCGUUUUUUGGCUCAUUUGGAAAAUUUUCUGUAUAUUAUUUUAAUAUACACUAAACCAUAUAUUUCAAAUGUACAGUAGUAAUGUUGUAAUAAUAUUAUUUACUAUAAUAGAUACGAAAAAUUUUCUACACUAA